ACUGUUUUUUUUUAUAUAUAUUCCUUUGUUUCCUUUCUUCUCUUUCCUUACACAUCUACUCCAAAAAAAAGAAGCAGACAAAUAAACUAUCACUAUGAACGCAGCUGCUAACCUUGCUCAAGACAAAAUGGGUGCCAAGCCCACCGCUACUGCCAACCAAGAUUCCCAGAACAAGUCUGAGAAGCGUACCAUGAAAGCGUGCGUGUGGCAUGGCAAGGAAAAGGUGGCACUGGAGAACGUGCCGGUUCCUCAAAUCACCGAUCCUCAAGAUGCUCUCAUCAAGGUGACCGGCACCACUGUGUGCGGUAGCGAUUUGCAUUUGUAUCACGGCGAAAUUUUGCAACUCAAGGACGGCGAUAUUCUUGGUCAUGAAUUGAUGGGUAUUGUCGAUCAAGUGGGCGAAGAUGUCACUGCUGUCAAGCCCGGUGACCGUGUGGUGGCCGCUUUCAACAUUGCGUGCGGUAGCUGCGAGUACUGCAAGAAGAAAUUGUACACCUCCUGCGAAGUGACCAACGACAGUUCCGUGGAAGAAAAAUUGUAUGGUCAGAAGACGGGUGGCAUUAUGGGAUAUUCUCACUUUGUCGGUGGAUUUGCUGGUGGUCAGGCCGAAUACACUCGUAUUCCUUUUGCCAAUAACAACCUGAUCAAGGUCCCUGAUUCUGUCAUCGAUGAGAAGGCUCUUUUCUUGUCGGACAUUGUUUGCACUGCUUAUCACGCCGUGUGGGAUGCCGGUUGCAGCGAAGGUGAAACGGUCGGUGUGUGGGGCGCCGGUCCCAUCGGUCUUCAUGUUGUGCAAUGGUUACGUAAUGUGUUCAAGGCUAAGCGUAUUAUUCUCGUGGAUAAUGUGGAAGCUCGUCUUCACCUUGCUCAACAACGCUGGGGUGCCGAACCUGUCAAUUUCGAUGAAAUCAGCAAUGUCUCUGAACACGUCAACAAGAUUGUUCCCGGUGGACUCGAUCGUGUCAUUGACUGCGCCGGUUUCCGCUACACGAAAUCGAUCGUACACAAGGUGGAGCGUGCCGUCGGACUGGAAACCGAUGCUUCUGAUAUCAUCAAUGAAUGCCUUCGCAGUGUUCGCAAGUUUGGUACCAUUGGUAUCAUUGCCGAUUAUGCCGGUUACACCAACCAUUUCUUGAUUGGCGCUCUCAUGGAAAAGGGUAUCCGAUUAAUCGGUUGCGGACAAGCACCUAUUCAGCGUCAUUGGCAUGAGUGUCUCAAACAUAUCCAGGAUGGAACCUUUGAUCCUACUGUGAUCUUGACCCAUCGUUUCAACUUGGAUUCUAUUGCCGAGGUUUACAAGCGCUUUGACGAGAAAGAUGCCGGCAUGAUGAAGGUGUUUAUUGCCACCAAGUUCAGCAAUCCCCCCAGUGAGGGUAUGCCUCAACUUCAGGAUGCUUAAAUUUGUAAAUUUUAUAAUAUUCGAGAAUUGUAUGUAACCGUAUAAACUGUAGUUAGUUUUUCCUUGUAUCUCUCCUUUGUGUAUACGUUUAGUGAUUGGAUGUCAAAUACAGGUUGAAUAUCCGAUUAAAUUUGCAAGGUUCUUGCGGAUCUUGUGGGAUAAGUUUCAACCACCCC